AUCUUCCGGGUUUCUUGUUUCGAAAUGACGUGUUAGGCGUGAUGCUGCAAACUUCUGCUUUUAUUCACAGCUGCCCUGUAGUUCGUUUUCUACGACAGUUCUCGCUCAGCGGUCAGCACAGUAUGGGAAGUUUACAGAACGAAAACCGAUCGAUUCAUUCUGACAACGUUGAAGAAGUUCAUAACAUCCCAAUGGACGUGAUUAUUCGACCCAUUCCUCCAGUUCUAGACGAAGAGAAAGUUCAAAGCCUCAUGGACACUAUAAGGGAGACCUCUGACAUCAGAGUAGUCCCUCCAAUAGAUGUGUUGUGGAUCACAGGAGAAAAAGGAGGUAAUUAUUACUACUCGUUUGGGGGCUGUCAUAGAUUCGCUGCGUACCAGAGACUACAGAUGAAAUCCAUCCCAGCCAAGAUCAUCAAAUCCAACAUUUCUGACCUGCGCACCUAUUUGGGAGCAUCAACGCCCAAUCUACAGUGACUGAAAGAGCCAGGGUGUAGAGGACAUGCUUACCACAUCCUAGGUAAUGAGUCAUAAUGGUUAGUUGUUGGCUGAAUCCAUAUCAACAGGAAGGUGACCCAUGCAAAUAGGUCUAACAAGGACGUUAACAAGGCUACAUCCACCUGUAAUUGUUUCUUUCAAAACAAUUUCUGAAUGAAUACAUCGUGAGACAGAACUUUACUGAAAGUGCUGCGGUCAGAUCAAAACUGUUUCAGUUCAUGUAUUUCUGAGAAUAUGCAACUCUUCUAACUAAACAUGGUCAACAAGAAAUGCUCUAGCAAUUUUUAAAUUGAAGCUCUAUCCACUGCAGUUAUAUUGUCUCCAUGAUCAUCACAGAUUAGAAUCACCACACAUUUUCCCCAAAUGAGAAAAGAACAGAAAAACUGUUUACUAAAAUCCUAGUUAUACUGCUCUUGGUAGAUGUUUAAAAUCUGCAAGUCUGUAAUGCAAAUUCUAAACUUCUGGACUCUAAAACUUCAGGAUGUUUAACAAUAAGGGUCUUGAUAAAACAGUCAUGAGACAAAGUCCUACCAAAGCUAUACUUUUCCAUCGCACUACAGCCGCACUACAGUAAACACUAUAUUAAUGCUUAUUCAUGCUUUCCAAAUUGUUUUGUGCUAUCCUUGAGCAAUCAUCUGGGAUUUACCUAUUGAUGAACUUAACUUUGAAUAAAGAAGUUUUCAUUGCUGAAAUUUUUUAUGUUUAUUUUUAACAUGAGAAAUCACAAAAUUACUAAAUAUACAGUAAAUAAAUCUGUUGCUGUAGUACCGAUAUCCACCACUGGAUGGUACUGUUGCUCUGUGUAGCGUAGAUUCAUUUUGAUACAGAUUAUUGGCUAUAUUGAUUACAGAGUUUGCAGUAAAGUAAAAUCUAUAUCAUGUUCAGAUGUGCAAAUAUUGUUUCAGAGGAAACUG